AUGAAAUCGUUCAUCAUCGCUCUCGCCUUCUUGGCAGUCACUGUGGCCAGCCCGGCGCAGCCUAGAGCCAGCUCAGUGCUGGACAAGUAUGAGCCAGUUGUGGUGGGACCAGCCAUCAUUGACAACUUCGAGCCAAUCGCAGUAGGACCGGCCCAAGUUGAAGACUUCGAACCUAUCGUAGUUGGACCAGUUAUCGUCGAGCAGCCUGAGCAAAUCGCCGUCGGACCUGCUAUCGUCGGGCAGCCUGAGCAAAUCGUCGUCGGACCUGCUAUCGUCGAGCAGCCUGAGCAAAUCGCCGUCGGACCUGCUAUUGUCGAGCAGCCUGAGCAAAUCGUCGUCGGACCUGCUAUCGUCGAGCAGCCUGAACAAAUCGACGUUGGACCAGCUAUCGUUGAGCAGCCUGAGCAAAUCGCCGUUGGACCAGCCGUCGUCGCCGAAGCACCCCAAGCUCCUCUAGUCCAAAUCAUCCUCAACAUCAACGAACAAAUCCACGUCGUGGACGUGCCUCUACCCAUCGCUCCUACUCCUGUGGUAAUCGCCGAAGACGCCAGUGUCCCUGAGGCUGUCCCGCUCGAGGUUGCUCCAGCACCCGCUGAGGUUAUCGAGGUGUCCCCAGUUCAGGUGGUGGAGGCUGCCCCCGCUGAGAUCGGCACCCCCAUCCUCCCCACCCCAUUCAUCAACCUUCCAGAUGAACUUAUCUAA